AUUUUCGUUCAUCAGAACCAAGAUUUUUUUGUCGACACAAUCAAACCAAAUAGAUAAUGAUACUGUUUUUUAUAGUAGUAUAUAUAUUUCUUUUCCUAUAGAGUAUUUUAUCUGAGGUCAUGUGGUUGGUUAGUGACACACUUUUCAUUAUUUUACGUUCUAAAUUAAAUAUCGUAAAGUUAAACCUCGUUUAAAGUAUACUAUAAAGAAUAGAAAUAUCAUUAAUUCAUUAUACACACUAUAAAGUUAACCUUUGUUUAAACUACUAAUAAACUGGUUAUUUAAAAAACUAUUAGGGUUAAAUUUGUGAGAAAUGGAAAAGUAAGAGGCAAAAAACGAAAGAAUCUUUUAUUACAAUGAUUAUUAAUUUUAUCAACUUUCUUUUAUAGACAGCUCAGCUCCACUGAUCGGCUCAUGCUCCACUGAUCAACUUUCUUUCAUUUUUUUAUCAGUUUCUCAUUUCUCUCUCAGUCGCAUAUAAAUUUGAAACGCCGAUUCGUUUUUGCUCUUUAAGCUUUCUUCUUGAUUUCGACGGUGUCUCUCAAUCUCCGUCAAGCUUGACGAAUUUCAGGAGCUAUAUAUACCAUGGCGCUCUUGUCUCAAGCAGGAGGAUCAUACACUGUUGUUCCUUCUGGAGUUUGUUCAAAGGCUGGAACUAAAGCUGUUGUUUCGGGUGGCGUGAGGAAUUUGGAUGUUUUGAGGAUGAAAGAAGCUUUUGGUAGCUCCUACUCUAGGAGUCUAUCUACCAAAUCAAUGCUUCUCCAUUCUGUUAAGAGGAGUAAGAGAGGGCAUCAAUUGAUUGUUGCGGCAAGUCCUCCAACGGAAGAGGCUGUAGUUGCAACUGAGCCGUUGACGAGAGAGGAUCUCAUUGCCUAUCUUGCCUCUGGAUGCAAAACAAAGGACAAAUAUAGAAUAGGUACAGAACAUGAGAAAUUUGGUUUUGAGGUCAAUACUUUGCGCCCUAUGAAGUAUGAUCAAAUAGCCGAGCUUCUUAAUGGUAUCGCUGAAAGAUUUGAAUGGGAAAAAGUAAUGGAAGGUGACAAGAUCAUUGGUCUGAAGCAGGGAAAGCAAAGCAUUUCACUUGAACCUGGGGGUCAGUUCGAGCUUAGUGGUGCACCUCUUGAGACUUUGCAUCAAACUUGUGCUGAAGUCAAUUCACAUCUUUAUCAGGUAAAAGCAGUUGCUGAGGAAAUGGGAAUUGGUUUCUUAGGAAUUGGCUUCCAGCCCAAAUGGCGUCGGGAGGAUAUACCCAUCAUGCCAAAGGGGAGAUACGACAUUAUGAGAAACUACAUGCCGAAAGUUGGUACCCUUGGUCUUGAUAUGAUGCUCCGAACGUGUACUGUUCAGGUUAAUCUGGAUUUUAGCUCAGAAGCUGAUAUGAUCAGGAAGUUUCGUGCUGGUCUUGCUUUACAACCUAUAGCAACGGCUCUAUUUGCGAAUUCCCCUUUUACAGAAGGAAAGCCAAACGGAUUUCUCAGCAUGAGAAGCCACAUAUGGACAGACACUGACAAGGACCGCACAGGAAUGCUACCAUUUGUUUUCGAUGACUCUUUUGGGUUUGAGCAGUAUGUUGACUACGCACUCGAUGUCCCUAUGUACUUUGCCUACAGAAAGAACAAAUACAUCGACUGUACUGGAAUGACAUUUCGGCAAUUCUUGGCUGGAAAACUUCCCUGUCUCCCUGGUGAACUGCCUUCAUAUAAUGAUUGGGAAAACCAUCUGACAACAAUAUUCCCAGAGGUUCGGUUGAAGAGAUACUUGGAGAUGAGAGGUGCUGAUGGAGGUCCCUGGAGGAGGCUGUGUGCCCUGCCAGCUUUCUGGGUGGGUUUAUUAUAUGAUGAUGAUAGUCUCCAAGCUAUCCUGGAUCUGACAGCUGACUGGACUCCAGCAGAGAGAGAGAUGCUAAGGAACAAAGUCCCAGUUACUGGCUUAAAGACUCCUUUUAGGGAUGGUUUGUUAAAGCAUGUCGCUGAAGAUGUCCUGAAACUCGCAAAGGAUGGUUUAGAGCGCAGAGGCUACAAGGAAGCCGGUUUCUUGAACGCAGUCGAUGAAGUGGUCAGAACAGGAGUUACGCCUGCGGAGAAGCUCUUGGAGAUGUACAAUGGAGAAUGGGGACAAAGCGUAGAUCCCGUGUUCGAAGAGCUGCUGUACUAAGAAAAUGGGACGUGAACAAAAGGUGUCUAUAAACCUUUGGGUGUGAGUUUAUGCUAUCUGAAGAAUUCGAGUCUCCGGAAUAAGGAUUUUUUUUUUUUUUUGUUUGUUUUUAUUGUUUUUUUUUUAAGUUCGAAUAUGUCGUAUAGAUCUGUAAAAUAAUUCAAAUGUGGCUUUGUCCCAUAGAUUGGUUUUGAUUAUGCAAUCAUCUAUCACAACAGUGGAACAUUAUGCAAUCAUUUAUUGUCUAUCAAAUUAAUUAUGGUUAUGAAA